CUCGCGAAAAUCCUACGCGCACCACGUAGCCCGUCGCGCACCCGGCACCGCACAGCCAGUAGCCUCAGCGGCACAGCGACGACCGACCUGUGGGCACGUCAUUAGCGGUUAUUAUUUUUAUUUUUUUUCGUUUUAGUUUUCGUUUUCACGCCCGGGCCGUCUAGUUUCGUUAUUGUUAUUGUUAUUAUUAUUAUUAUUGUCAUUAUUGUUAUUAUUUAAAAAUAAAAAAUUACGAUUUAAAAUAAUUAUUACUCGUACCGCAAGCGUCGACGCGUGUGCCACCGCCGCUCGUUUACGAAUCCACUGCCGGUUCGUACGCCUGGAAUAAAUUUCGCUCUACCGUUCCCGUCGCGCGACACGAGUAGGAAAAAUUUUAAAAGCCCGUCGUCGUCCGCGUGACGUUUUCGAUCGGUCUCCCGCGUCGCCAGCGGUCCGCGCGCGUCACAUCCGAAGACAUGAAACGACCGCGGCGAUCGUGACUCAGCACGGCAGGGCGUCUCGCGAUUGUGUAAAUGGUGUUUGCGUCCAGGGCACUGUGAUAUGUUUGCGGUUGACACGUGGACGACGACGACGGAGGAGGUGGCUUGCCCGGGCCAGCAUGAGCAUGAGAUGCGGGCUACAGACACUGCUUGAGGCUGCCCGAUUCGUCGAGUUACAGGAAGAGUUCGAAAAACAACAGUUGGUCACCUUACAUGCAGCCGAAGAACCGUUGUUGAGUAACAAGGAUGCUGGUUACCAUCCUACCUCGGUGACAUUGCCCAGUUCCGAUCUACCGGCGUCGUUGAACCACAUCGAACCGCCGAUUACGCCACCGAGGCAACAACAGCAGUCGCAGCAACAGCUACACCAGCAAGCCACCCCCGUCGCACUACAACAGCAGCACCCACAACAGCUACAGCUGCAGCUACACCAGCCGCAGCAACAAACGCCACAACAACAACAACAACUGCAACUACAACUACAUCAGCCGGUACAGCAACACCACGCCGUAUAUAAGCCCGCUGUUACCGCCACCGCCGUUGCAGUAACCGCCGCCAACAACAACAACAACACUACCGCCGUUGCCCUAGUCAACAGCCACGACGAAAAUGUCGCCGCAUUGUCUUUGGCGCAGGAACUCAAAAGACGCACCGGAUCUGGCACCAGAGAAGUGCAUAACAAAUUGGAGAAGAACCGUCGUGCGCACCUUAAAGAAUGUUUCGAGCUGCUCAAGAAACAAGUACCGGCAUCUCAAGACGAGAAAAAGACUUCGAACCUGAGUAUACUCAGGAGCGCAAUCCGGUAUAUUCAGGUGUUGAGGCGUCGAGAGAGAGAGCUGGAGCAUGAGAUGGAAAGACUGGCCAGAGAAAAGAUUUGGGCUCAACAGAGGCACGCGUCUCUCAAGAAAGAACUAGCAGCCAAAUGGGAUCACAUCGAUUUCAGCAAGCUGUUGCCGGACUUGCCGCCCGACGUGACGACCAGGAAGACCACUAUAGCCGCCACAAGUAUAAACGGAGAUUUCGAGACGGAAAGGGACGCUAGUAUGGUUACUAGCGACGCGGACGACAGCAAACUCAGUGCUCUGUACAGUAGUACAUCAUCGUUGUCUAGUUCCUCCCCGCCCACGCUGCCGUUCGUCUCCGACAUUAUUCCCCAUCAGGUGCAGGUCGUCAGCACGUCUCCGAUGAUGGGGAGUACAAUUCACAUAGUUCCUCAGACCAGAAACUCGUCCUCGUUACCACCGAACGCUUUGCAACAGCAAACCCUCACGUUUGUUCAUCACAAAGAUGCUCUCAAUCAACACGAUGGUACUACUCAAGCAGUAUUGACCAAGGUGUCAAAUGGUUCGUUUACUUUGUAUGGCGACCCAAAACUUACGCCCAAUUGUUCCAAAAUGUCUCUUGCAGGCAUAAAGAUUGGCACCAGUGUGAUAGAUCAUUCCAACAACACAGCGUCCGCACCAAUCAGACUAUUGCAGAAUAAUAUCAUAGCGGCACAAACUUCAGUGGUGAACAGAGGACAGCCAACUCCAAAUCACGUCAUAACUCGGCCGUUACUCCUAACUCAUCACCAUACUAAUAAUUCUGCUCCAGCUCAUCUAGUACUAUCUACAGCUUCUUCUAAGGCAGUGACAAUUCCAAAUCAGCAAUUACCACCACUGUCAAAUGGCCAUCUUAUAGUCAAGCCGAGUGCGAUGGUAGUUAUGAACAGCUCACAGCCAAAAUCGCAUCAUUCCGGCCACAAAGCAUAGCAUUCACCGAUCCUUAUAUUAAAUUAUAUAAACUAUUGUACAAUAAUACUAAUUUUUUUGGGGUUUUUGGUAAUAACAGCGUAUAAAAUAGUUUUAAUAACAGUUAAAAAAAAAAAAAACACUAUUUGUACCAUGUAAUAUUUAUAUAGACUA